AUGGGGGCACUGCUGGGGCUGCUGGUGUUGCUGGGCCUGGCGGGGUGCCCCGCCGCCCCGGGGGACCUGUCCGGGGAGCUGCGCGUCACGGCCACAUGGGUGACUGUGCCACGGCAGUUGAGCCCCCGGGCCGACACCAACCCCCUGGCCGUCUCGUACUGGCUGGAGGUGGCGGGGCGGCCACGGGUGCUGCGCAUGCGGCCCAGGCGGGGCCUGGUCUCCCACCCCUUCACCUUGGUCACCUACGGCAAGGACGGGGCCCGCUGGGAGGAGCACCCCUUCGUGCAGGACAACUGCUUCUACCAGGGCGAGGUGCAGGGGAGCCCCGGCUCCCUGGUGGCCCUCGGCACCUGCGGCAGGGGCCUGCGCGGUGUGCUCUGGGUGGAGGGUGGCACCUACGAGAUCGAGCCCAUCCCCGAUGAUCCAGCCUUCCGGCACAUCCUCUACCGCAUGCAGGAGGCCAACAAUCCUGCGGGCCCCACCUGCGGGCUGACCCCGGAGGAGCUGCAGCAUCAAAAGGCUUUGCUGCCCUGGUUCAAGGUUCCCCAGGCAGAGGAGGAGAAGGAGGAGGAGAUGCUGAAGGACUGGUGGACACACGUCAGGUAUGUGAAGAUAGUGGUGGUCGUGGACAACGUGCGGUUUGUGAAGUCGGGCAGGAACGAAUCCGAAGUCUUGAGGCAAGUCCUAGAAGUCAUCAACAUUGGGGACUCACUGUACGAACAGCUUUCUGUUCGGCUGUUUCUUGUGGGAUUGGAGAUCUGGACCAAAAGCAACCUUAUAAACAUUACUAACUCUGUCAACAAGGCACUUGACGACUUUAACAAAUGGCGAAAGUCAGACUUGUCUCCACGGAUGCGCCAUGAUACCGCUCACUUAUUUGCAUUUCAGAGCUUUGGAAGGAGCCUGGGAUUGGCGUUUCUAGGGUCCAUGUGUGAUAACCAGUGGUCAUCAGCAGUUGCGUCCUUCACUGAUAGGAAGUUGUCCUCAUUUAUUACCACAUUUGUCCAUGAGCUGGGCCAUAAUCUUGGGAUGCACCAUGAUGAACGGGGUUGUAAAUGCAGACGAAAGAAAUGCAUUAUGUACGAAAGCGAUGUUGACACUGAUGCAUUCAGUGACUGCAGUUACAAAGACUACUUUGACCUGCUUGGGCGUGGCGCCGGCUGCAUUCGUCAACCACCAGCACCCGGCACUUUCUACACCAUGAAGCGUGAAUACUGUGGGAAUAAGAUAGUGGAAAGCGGAGAGCAGUGUGACUGUGGUUCAGAAUCAAACUGCAGAAAGGAUCCUUGUUGUCACCCAAACUGUACUUUUACUGCAGGUUCAGUCUGUGCUUCUGGAAAAUGCUGCAAGAGCUGUCGGGUCCUUCCAGCAGGAACGCUCUGCAGAGCAAGUACGGGCAACUGUGACCUGCCAGAAUAUUGCAAUGGCACUUCCCCUUGGUGCCCGCUGGACGUGUACAUACAAGAUGGAACCCCUUGCCAAGAUGGUGCUUAUUGCUAUCGAGGAAAAUGUUCUUCCCACAGUAAACAGUGCCAGCACCUCUUCGGCAAACAAGCCAGGGCCGCUCCUUUAGAUUGCUUCAAAGCAGUGAAUACUCGAGGUGACCGGUUUGGGAAUUGUGGUAUUCGUAACAAUAUCCAUUUUACAAAAUGCAGCAUUGAGAAUGUCUUAUGUGGUAGGAUCCAGUGUGAAAACAUAGACAAAUUGCCUUUCUUGCAGAACCACGUAACACUAGUCCAAACCCCUGUUGGAGAUAAAAAGUGUUGGGGUCUUGACUAUCACGUGGGGAUGCCAAUAGCAGAUGUGGGAGCUGUGGAAGAUGGCACAGCAUGUGGUAGUGAUAUGCUUUGUAUCAAUAGGACAUGUACCAGUGUAUCACUGCUGAACUACGACUGUAACGUGUCCAAGUGUCAUGACAGAGGAGUGUGUAACAAUCGUAAGAACUGUCACUGCAGGUAUGGCUGGGCUCCUCCGUAUUGUGAAUGGGAAGGAUUUGGAGGUAGCGUUGACAGUGGACCCCCUCCAGCCAGGGAGAUUUUUCAGAGAGCAAAAAUAGGAGUAACACUACUUAGUCUUCUUUUUCUCUGUAUCCUUGGAGUAACCCUUACCAUAUGUUAUAAACAGGAAAUAGUGGGAUGGCUUAGGAGGAAAAAGGCCCAAUUCCACAGAAGAAAAUAG